AUGGAGGAGAAGAGCGAAGAGCCGAUGGCUUUCUCUGUGAGGGUCUUCACUCUGCAGGAGGAGGUGCGGGCCGAGGAGGAGCACAUGGAGACACCUGAGGAGGAGGUGCAGGUCCAGGAGGAGGUGAGCAGAGAGCAGCAGGUCAGUGUGUGCAGACAGGGAGCAGAGCAGGAGCUCACUCUGCUCCUCAGCCCAGGACUGGAGGCUCAGCAGCUCACUGUGCAGGAUGCCAACAGAGCAUCAGUCUUCCAGCUCACUGUUUCCAAGGAGAUGGACUGCUGCCAGGUCGGAGGACAGUCCUUCCUGGUUACCGUCGGCAAACAGAGUCUCCUGCUGCAGUUCACAACUCCAACUGAUAUGAAGAACUUCCAGCGGUUAUUGAAGAGAGGGGAUGAUGAAGAGACUAGGAAAGGUUGCACAGAAGGAGAUGAGAGGGGAAACAAGGAUGUAGAGAGAGGCCAAACAAGACAUCCAAGUACUGAAAAUGGCUCUACACAGGAUUACCAGUUCCACAGCUGUCUGUCCCAGCAUCAGAACCUGCUUCAGGACUACCUGAGGAUCACCACCUACCAGAGAGCCAUUCUACUCAAUGAGAGUGACUUCAGAGACAAGGUGACAGCGUGUGUUCACAUGUUCCCCAAGACACACAUCAAACUCCAUCCAAUUCACUUAUAGAGGCGUAAAGUUAUGCAUAAUUAAUGACGUUGCUCAGUGUCUACUUGUGCUAAAUGACAUCGUUGAAUCUUUCCGGUCAGUACGUUACAAACAAGCCUUUUUUUCGCGAGCCAAAAUUAGCAUGCCAAUUAUUAUCACAUUAAAC